UCACCGUUCGUUAGUUCUAUUGUGUAUCCCUCUUGCGUAUCGUUGGAAAAAUAAAGGAAAAAUAAUGAAUACCGUUCUUACAUUAUUAUACAGUGCUCUCGUUAUUAUAAGUGAAACAAAUUGCUUCUACAUCGAGAAUACGAGUUACCACGAAGACUUUGAGCGACAGGCGGUUAUAUUACGGAAACUACAGAAUCUGCAGGAAAGGGAUUCCAGAAAUGCAACUCAAACUACGUCGUGGAGCGAAAUUUUAGCUGAUGUUCUUGUGAAGGAAAUAUUUUCAUACAAAACUGUUGAUGUUGAUAAAAAAUUUACGAAUAAACCUCCAGAAAAAAGUACAAGUGUGUUAGUUAAAACAGUCAGUCAUGUACUAGAAAUGUACAAAACUUAUGUGUUUGAUAAAUUGAGAAGUGAUUACAGCAAUAUUAGAGUAAAUAUCGAACAUACUAAUGAAACUAUAGGUAAAAAUAGAAUUGAGAAAAGUGUUCCUGAAUUUACGAAUACGAGUAAUCCGAAAGAAGAUGUUGAAUUAAUAGAACCAAAAUAUCAUGGGAAAUUGAAAGAAAACGGAACUUUAGGAGACGACAGUGUGAGUGAUUGUGGGGAAGGAUUUAAGAGAGAUGAAGAUGGGAAUUGUGCUGAAGCAAAGCAUUCUAAGUUUAUCUUGUCUAUACCGCGGCAGUGUCCCAUAGGUUAUAGACGCGACUGGCUUGGCUAUUGUAGAGAAUCACUCUGAUCGAGUUGAUGUACUUAUUGGUAUUUUAGUAAUUCGAAUAUGAACAUUUAAGAAUAAACUCCGUAACCAGCGCAUCCUCAGGAGAUGUAGACCCCACAAUACACAAUUGUUAAUUAUGGACUUGGAGUGAAAUGUGCGAUGAGUGUGUUCUAGAAGAUUUCUGUGGUGCUGUGUGUUAGUGCUAUGUAUUGUUUACUUUUCUUUACUAGUGGGAGUACGGUGCAUGUAGCAAGCUGCACGUUGUACCAUACAGAUUUGUCGGUUUUGACAGAUUAUACCGAAUUAAACUUGUGGUUCCUUGUAAAUGAACUGUAUGUAACAAUUUCAAUGAACAAAAAUAAAAGAAAGAAAGAAAAAAUGUUUAUACAUAGCCACAAAUAGUACCUACAGACAAAUUAGUAAAAAUAUCACUCAAAAUAAGAUGCGUGCUGUGUUUAACCAAAAUGGACUCCACUCAGCAUUUGCUGGUUCUAUAUUGUACACAGAAGGUAGACACCUAAUAACUUUUAUUAUUUUUAAGAACUCAUACAUAUAAUUUGAAAGAACAUUAUGUUUCUAGUAUAUUCUAAACUAAAACAACGUUAAUAAGCGUAUCGUCUCUUUUUGACCAAAACGAUACUCAGCAUUCGCUGGCAUUAAAUAAAUUAAACCAAGGAAAAUAUGGAAGUAACAGUGCAGUUUUAUCCCGCGCCUUUUUAUCUAAGUCUCGCCUCCAGCGUAUAAUAAUAAGCAUCGUAUUUAUGGGAAAGGUAAAAAAUAGGACACCUCUAGUCUUAUUUUUAUUUUUAUAAAAUCCAGAUUGUCGCCUGCGAAAAGAUUAACAUAAAAUUUUAUUUCAGAAACAUUUUAUAUUGAAAAAUGUGUACAGUUGGUUUUAUUUAAAUACAGAAUCAUGAAUAAAGUAUACUUUUUA